AUGACGGACUUCAAUACCACCUACGGUCGUCUCUUCUACGAGCAUUUGGAGGCUGAAGCCGCAAGCCAUCCAGCCGACAACUGCCCAUUGUACCAGGAGAAUCCAGGUUGUCAACUUUACACGGACCGUUGGCCAGAAUCCGAGGCCGCAUAUAACUUUGAAUGCGCAUUGGGCGAAUCCCACUGGACAAGUAGGCCAAGUCUGCAGUAUUUGUAUAACUCAUCGCUGGUCACCCAUCCUACUCAUGGAAGCCUCAAGCCAGAGGGUGCCAAGUUUGGACACAAUUUCGAUGACCCUCUCGCAACCCUGAAUAGCCAAUUGCGCUCAUACGGACCUGAAGCAAAUGAUGAUGGUGAUGGUGAUCUGAGCUAUACUGACGAUGAAUCGCUAGACCUUGAAGGCAAAGCCUACAGCUCCCAAGAUUGUCUUUCCAAUUCGUUGGCGGAUCUUGAGGAUGCUGUCAUUGGCGUCGAAGCAAGCCAUUACCUCCAAACCCUCAUCGACCGACCCCCCACUCACGAGCCUCUUCUUGCUGCUCUGGGCGGAGAUCCUAUGACCUUUAAGUCGCAUAUUGAAAACGAAUUGAAACAAUGGAGGGAUAACAAAAUGAAGCCACUGUUUGUGUUUGACGGACAGACAAAUGUUGGACGAGAUGAGAUAUCCUUGCGCAAGGCCAAGGCAGCACUGUUGCAAACACAGCGUGCAUGGGAUUUGUAUGCGGAUAAUUCGCCAGAUGAAGCUGUGAAAGCUUUUGGAUCUUCUGGUGCAAUUCGCGCACAAGAUUUGUAUAGAAUUCUUCAGGAAAUUCUUGCCGAACAGGGGCUAGAUUUCAUCAUCGCUCCUUAUAGUGCAUGUGCGCAACUUGCAUAUCUCGAAUCGUUGGAGACACCAUAUAUUGAUGGCAUUAUGGGAUCGCAAGAGCUGCUCCUAUAUGAUAUCAAUGACUGUGUGUUACUACCACCUUCUGCUUCAGAUUGGGAAAGCAAGAAAAUUGUGGGAAUCUCCAAAUCAGAGAUCAUCAAGAAGCUGAAUGUCACACCCGAGGUGUUGGCAGAUGCGUUGCUUAUGGUCGGCACAUCCUUUCUACCUCCCUUUCCGCCGCUCCAAGAUCGUGGAAUCAUCGUAGAACAACCAUUUACAAUUAAGGACGCAGCAAACCUGCUACGCACAUCCGAGAAGUCGGUCACCACGACCUGCACAGCUUUCAACGAUAUCCUUCAAGUACAAGACCCCAAUUGGCUCGAUAAAUACCGGAAAGCAAAGAUGAUCAUCAAACAUGCUGGUACAGUCCAUGAGAGUGGUGUUUUACAAAUCAGGGAUUAUGAUCACCUGACCAGCGACAAUGUUGAUUAUUUGGGUCUACAAUUGCCUGCUGAACUCUACUAUUAUCUUUCGAAGGCACUCAUUGGGCCUCGUUUUAUGAACGGCUUUAUUCUACUAGAAUCCUUAGUCCUUCCAACUUUGGAUGGUGUUGCGUCAGACGAAUACAAACGAUUGGUUACACGUUCACUUGUGCCAUUGAAAGAACAGGCGGCAGCCUUGAUCGUUUCUCGAAUCCACAGAGCCUUCAACUACAAAGAUAUCAAUCUGAAGUUUUGGUUUGAUGAUGGUGUCAAAGAGACCUUGGUGCCACGAAACGCUCUGGAUAACAACAAAAAGGCCGAAACAUGGGGUGUUAGGGAUACUGACAUGAAAGCUGUAGAGAAAUCUCUUGGCAUCUCCCCUGGAUCACUCUCAUUUGCGAUCCUGUCUCUUCAGCAGAAGGACUUUGCGCAAAAGACUAUUGCAAAAGGGAAAGUCGCAGAGCUAAAGUCCGAAUCUGAGGUUGUAUCGAAUGUUUUAUGGCGACUGCUGCAUCUUCGAGGGUACAUAAACGAUAAGCAUGAGUUAACCAAUUGGGGAAAGGCAUUGGCAACUACUCUGAAAGCGAUCUCCUCUGCUGUCAAAGCCCACAACGAUAUUCAUCAUCUCCAAGAAGCUGCUUUCCUGGCAUUCGAGCUUCUACAAUUCGAUCAGCUCAAUUCCCGUAACAGACAUACGGAGCUGAUUGGAGGACCACUUCGAGGAGGAGAGAAGGACAAGGAAAGUUGCAUUUUAAUCGGAAGAACAGCAUGUCUCUUGAAGCUUCGGCACCAGAAUGUUGGAUACACUGGACCCCUAAGCAAAAACCUUUUGGCAUUUCACUCUAUCAUCAAAGCUGUUCGGGAGACAGAUAGAGAUUUGGUCGAGGCUGUAGCUGCGUCGUUGUUCUUGAAUAACCACGCCAGCCGAAAGCGGGACGACUAUGGAAAAAUCGGCCGAGACCUGCCCUUUGCCGCUGACGUCGAUAUUGCACUCGGCAUUGCCGUCAAAACAUACUUGGAUGACUUUGUCAAGGUCGACAUAUCCCCCGAAGAGCGGAGCAAGGACAAGAAGAAUUACAUUAAUAAGUUCCUUCCGCACAGCGUCAAUUUUAUCGAAGAUCUCGACGUUGCUUUCAACUUCUUCGACGCUGUUCACGCCGGAGUAAAGACGAUUGGAGACGACAUUGGAGACGCUGAUAAAAAGGCCUGGGAUGAUGCGAAGGCUUGGCUUGCUGUGAGGCGCUAA